AAGAGUUCUUAGUCUUCGGAGUGGGGUGGAGGAAAAAUAACGCGCGUUAUUUUGUGUACAUAAUUAUAUCGAAGAGCAGAAGUCUUGAAAGACUGAGAAAUAUGAGUAGGUGAAAAUAUGUGUGCUUAUUGAUUAGUGGUUGUAUUACUGUUCAUAGUAUUCGAAGCAUUUGAAUUGCUACUGAUGAGGGAAAAAAAAGUAAAUUUCAAUCAAUUUAUAGUUUGAAAAGAAAAGAUGCACGCUACGCAUGCACUAGUUACUUCUGUACUUUAACUGGAAUAAAAGUAUACCGAUGUCUACAGCGCGGCUAAUCUGCAGUUAUCUGUAAAGCAACAAUCAAACUUGAAGCAUUAUACAGAAUGAACAUUAUAUCAAACCGUGUACGUCCAAUACCGACUAUAAAUAGAGGUAACAAUAGCCCUACAUCAAAAAUCAGUGUUAUAGACUUACCUGAUGAAGAUUCACCAGGGCGUUCUUUCACAACAUCCUCAACAGUUAAUAUAACGCUGCAUAACAAACCUGUAGAUCUUCAACAGGAACUGGUCAUCCUUUACAAAUGGAUGAUGUAUUUUGGAAUUGGAUGUCCUGUGCGUCUGCUCAAAAAGACAAGACUUCAUCUAUACCGUCUAUACUCGACUGCCGUACUCGCUCUUCUUUGGUUUAAUUUUCUUAGAAGCGCAACUGGAAUAAUGUACAUUGAACGUGACGACUUUGUCGCGCAAGUCGUCAUCUCGGCAUGGUUCCUGCAGUGCGCAUUGAAAGCGACCAUUUGGUUCUGUAGGGACAUAAAACCUUCGGCAACCGAAGACUUCUUUAAGCACUGGAAGACAAUCUGCCAAAGUCAAGUGAGUCUGCAAUAUGGCCUAGGAAUCAACCAGCCUAAACUUCAAAGAUCAAUCCGACUCACUAUUGCUGCUAUAAUACUUUUAUGCAUAAUAAAUACAAGCAUUAUAUUUUUUGCAAGAGUCGGACCGAUCGAAGAAACGAGAAAUGAGACGACGCACUACUACGCCCCAUUACCAUCCGAUGCUCAGAUUCCUCUAAUGGCGCUUAUUCCAUUCGAGACAGCAGUUUAUUUCUUUCCCGUUGCUGAAUUCGUCCUCAUUUCCAAAGUGCUGACAAAACAAUUUGAAAAUCUCAGAUUUGUUGUAACAGAAUGUCUGAAGAAAAAAGGAAGUUUGAUAGAGUUAUUCCUCGGAAACAUCAGGGCCGAGCACCAACAUCUGGCUAAAGCUGUUUACAUAGCCGACAAAACAUUCAGUUUGUACCUAGCGAUUGAAUAUUCGACAACAAUCGCUAUACUCACAUUUUUGCUCUAUCAGCUUCUCAUAAUUCAUAAUCAGUUCUCUCCAUUCGGAUACAGCAUGCUGGUAAUUUGGGCCAGUGCGGUGGCAUUGGUCAUCUCAAUCAUUUCAUGGUUUGCAGCUGUAAUGCAUGAACAGGCGCACGAGAUUGUUCAUUUUAUCCAUUCUGUGACUGUACCUUCAGAGCCAACGGGUAAAUACAUUAUGGAGAUGAAUAUGUUAUUGGCAAAACUUAAUGGAACUAGCAUUGCGUUUUCAGUGUAUACUUUGCUACCAAUCACAAAAGCUUUCAUCUUAACCAUUGUUGGUGUCAUGGUGACGUAUUUUGCUAUAGCCGCACAAUCGGUGGAAUUCAUAGUAGAGACUUAUACGUAAUUUCGUGUUAUUUUAAUGCUCAAAAGAGCUUUUGUUUGUUUCUAUUUCAUUAAUUAUUUAAGUACGUCGACUUAGUAGAAGACUACCUUUAUAAGAAAAAAAUAAUAUUACAAGGCACUACAAAAGUGUAGAUGAAUAGCUUGGUGGUUAAGAUGCUCGCCUUACAAUCCCAGGAUCCUGGGUUCAAUUCCUAUCGGUGUUGCAGAAUAUUU